CUGGGGGCCUGGCCAGGUCCCGGCGGGGCUCGGGGACGAUGGGAUGUUGCACCGGCCGCUGCACUUUGAUUUGCCUCUGCACUUUACAGCUGCUGGCUGCCUUAGAGAGACAAGUGUUCGAUUUCCUGGGAUUCCAAUGGGCCCCGAUUCUUGCCAAUUUCCUGCACAUCAUCAUUGUGAUUCUUGGCCUCUUUGGUACCAUCCAGUACAGGCCCCGCUACAUUGUGGUGUAUGCCAUCUGGACUGCCAUAUGGGUCACCUGGAACAUCUUUAUCAUCUGCUUUUAUCUGGAGGUUGGCGGCCUUUCGAAGGACAGUGAGCUCUUGACCUUUAACAUCUCCCGACACCAAUCCUGGUGGAGUGAAAAUGGCCCUGGCUGUGUAAGGAAGGAGACUCCUAUGAUGGGCAUCAAGGGCUUGGAUAGCCAUUCCUAUGUCUCCGUGAUCGGCUGUGCUUUGGAGUAUCGCUACAUUGAGGUCAUGCACAGCGCAUUGCAGAUCCUGGUGGCACUGGCGGGCUUCGUCUACGCCUGUUACGUUGUCAGUGUUUUUACAGAAGAAGAAGACAGCUUUGAUUUCAUUGGUGGAUUUGAUCCAUUCCCUCUCUACCAUGUCAAUGAAAAGCCCUCCAACCUUUUGUUCAAGCAGACAUACCUGCCGGCAUAAGUAAGAAGGAUGAAGAGGCUGGCUGGGCAGAAAUCAUAUGCCUGUGUAAAGAGCUGCAGGACCUCUUUGCACGCCAAUGGUUUCAGAUGUAUAGCAGCGGCCACAGAACAGCUACGGGAAACGCGCUGCACUUAAAAGGACACAAACAGAACUGAACUUUACAAGCAGCCGCCGGGGCCGAAAUAUUGGUUUUAAUGGCGAGCUUCCCUUUCUGACGCCAUGUGAACGGCCCGGCUCAUUAAUGACCUGCAGUUUUUGCUAUGAGUGAAUUAAAUGGAAAGCGUAUCUCAACCCUCCACUCUCCCAACUCCAUUGAGAACCAGAGGAAGAAAACAUUUGGAAAAAAUCUCCAUUUGAUUCUACCAGCUCUUUCCUGGAAACCACCUGUAAAAGCAACUGACAUGGGCUCUGGUGAUUCUAGGGCAUAUAUAUAUUUUGUUUUUAAGUGGACAAAAAUACCCUCACCGUGCAGUUUCUUGGUGCAGAAAAGGGACUGGUUAUGCUUCGAGUUCCUUGGUUAUUUUCUCUAGGUAUCAUAGGAAUAUUAGAACCCUGUUCUCAACUCCCACCCACUUCUCGUCUCACCCUUUAAUCCCUCCCGCCAAUGUCUUUCCCAGGAAAUCUGUAACUGAGUGGACACUUCCUCGGAUUUCAGGCACUUAAGAUGUAACGGACAACUAAUUCAUCUCAUUCCAUUCAGAAGGAAAUGUGUUUUAAUGUCACCUGACAAAACAAACUGGAUAAACUUAAUAAAGCAAAUUAGAUAA